CUAGGGUUAGCGGAAAGGAGGAGAGAGAUUAGAACAGAGAUGCGCCGGUCGUGUGCCGAGCUCCUCCGCCGUCGCCGCCAGCCGUGUGCCGAGCUCCUCCGCCGUCGCCGCCUCGCCACCCAAGUGGUCCUCGUAUGAGGAUCGAGCCGUGUUCCAGUCGAGGCGAGUAAAUAAGCAGCUCCAAAGUUUGGAGCUGCAAUUUAGAAUCGAGAAGCUCUUUUCGGAGCGGCAGUCCGCAAUCAAGCGGCUCCUUUCGGAGCGGCAGUCCGCAAUCAAGCAGCUCAUUUUUGAGCUGCAACCCGCAAUCAAGCGGCACCGUAAGAUCGAAGCAAUCAUCCGUCUCCGAAUUCGACUAGAUCUCUUAUUUCCUAGAAUAAGAUCGACUACAUCUUUUUUGGGUCUCCAAGUUGCCAUCGGUCUUCCAGGCUGAACCCAGGGCCGGCCCUGGGCCAUGGCGGCGAGUGCGACGGCCUAGGGCCCAGCACGAGCAGGGGCCCAUACCCUAUGCGUGCAUACAAUACACAGUAUAUUCAUAGAAAGAAAAAUUGUACGCAGGACAAACAGCCCAGCCCAUGAAGAAGCGAGCAGCAACGCACGAACGAAGCCAACAAUCCCGUCCGCUCCCAGUCCCAGAAACACGCCGCCAGCCGCCAACUCAUCGUCUCCCUCUCGUUCUCAUCCUCUUCCCCAAAUCCAAUUGAUUGCCCCGAGUUCCUAUGAGGCCAGAACCCCAACUCCCCAAGCUAAUCAAUGAAUUGUCCAUUAGUAUCACACUUCAGUGUAUUUCUUUGCAUCCUACAAAUACCCCAAGGGCCCCGGCGAACGGAUCCAGAGAGGCGAGCCGGCCAGCGACGACACACCCUGUGCCCUGGCAGGAACACGGAGAGUAGCAGCCGGCAGAUGGCCAUCGAUAGUUGGGGCUGUGGUCCGCCUGUCCGGCAGUGGAGAGCGGAGACGUGGAGUCCAGGCAACUCCUCUGUGGAGCAGCGUUGGAUUUCUUCUAUUUGCUCCAAGAGACCAAGAACAGGAUUCGUGAAGACAAGAAUUCAGGUGUUCUCUCUCCUUUUAACUGUUCCUUUUUCAAAACUUAAAUCACUAAAGAACUAUUUGAGAUCAACCAUGUCAGAGGAGAGAUUGAAUGGCUUUGCCAUGGUGCUUUAUUGAGAAAGAUAUGUCGGAUAACAUUGAUCUUGACACUAUUAUUAGUGAUUUUCCAUCCAGAAAUGCUCGAAGGUGUCGUUUUUCUUGAGUAUGCCAUUCACUUCAUUUUUGUGUAUUUGUCAGGUGGCUCAUGAUAUUUGCUGAUGCACGUUUGUGGUUGGACUGGUAGAGUUGGAAUUGUAGCUUCUGUCGAAUUGGAUCAAGAAUUUGAGAACAAUAUCACAUAUAUAUUUAGUUAAGAAUUAAGACAACACUUCUAGGUUGUUGGAGCGUGUAUCCUAAUAAUCCUAUAAUCAUCUGAUAUAUCCGUGGAACGGAGGGAGUAUAUAUCUGCCCAGGACGCCCCGGCAGUCAUCAGAUCUCGAAGCAGAACCGCAACCCAUGAGCCAUCAGCUGCAAGUUCUUCUCGGGCCUCGGCAGACCUACACGGGAGCCAUGGAGAAAGACAGCGGAGAUGAUAGAAUCAGCACCUUGCCCAGUGACAUUGUGGUCAACAUUCUUGACCGACUCGAUUUCCGUGAAGUUGCGAGAACCAGCAUCCUCUCCAGACGGUGGUGCCAGCUCUCUUGCAAGGUCUCCCGACUUAUCAUAAAUGCUCAGCCUGAUGGCGUGUCUACCUCCAACAUCUCUGAUGGUGACUUGGUUCGGAUCAAUGCAGCUGCUCUUGAAGCGACAAAGAGCUUACUGGCCCGCAGAUGUCCAGGCGAAGACACCAUCCGCCUCCUGUCUACCACGUUCUACUUGAGAGGUGAUGUCCCCAUAUCCAUUGGACAUACUGUUGGCAGUGCCAUGACGACACACAAGAUUGAGAAAGCUGAAUUCACAGUUUUGACAGUGAAGAAACGCCGACAGUGCACUCUUGAUGAUGUGUUGAACUAUGGGACACAGUUUGUGUCAUUUUUUAAUGAGUGUCUGAAUGCAUUUACUGGUUUGACGCGCCUCUACAUGGAGAAUUUGAGAUUUGUUGAAUCUGACUUUGUCUCCAACAUCUUCGUCACUUGCAAGCGAUUAAAAUAUUUGGGUUUUUUCAAUUGCGACACACAGAAUCAUUUAACACUCCAGGUUGAACACGCUCAACUCAGUGAGCUCAGUAUGGUCAACUGCCGUUUUUACAAAGUCAAACUCAAGUGGCUCCCAAAACUCACCCGGACAACGUUCACAUAUUGGAUGGCUUUUGAAGAACUACCAUUGUCAUUUGGUCAUGUGCCACUGCUUGACUUUUUGAACCUCACUAAUGUUGGUCUUAGUCGGCACAAAAUGGUCGUGUUGAGUACAUUACUUUGUGAGACACACAUCCAAGAACUGCAUUUGGGGUUUAAAUGCGAAAAGAUUUGGGUUCAACCAGAGUGUCUGAGCGAAAGGCUGGCAUCUGCGUUCCACAGACUAAGGAUUGUCAGUCUAGUUAGCAUUCCUGAAGGGUCUGAUCUCACCUGGACAAUUUUCAUUCUGGAAGCUGCGCCAUCACUUGAAGAGUUGUACAUGUUGGUAAUUGAUCAUCCGUGUGAAAUGAUAAUGGAUAAGAAAAGGAGGAUGGAACUCUCGCUUAGCGAGAUGAAGGGCGUCAAGUGGGAAUCACCUAGAUCAAAUUUCAAGCACCGACACCUUGCCAAGCUCAUCAUCUUUUGCUUUGUAAAUUGCAUGGUGAGUCAUGUCAGGCGUGUCAUGAAAGCAGCGGUGAAUCUGAAGGAUGUGUACCUGUAUGAUAGACUGGCAUGUAGCAAGUGCAAACACAUGGCCAUUUUUAAGCCUGAUAGGCUUCCACGGGCAAAGAAGAAGUUGGAUGCGAUGAAGAAGCUGUUGACCCAGGGCAUCGAGUCUGCUCCCAGAAUUCACUUGCUGACCGAUUGUGAAAUGGAGGCUGACCAUGCUGCAAGGGUUACAGGCUACUUGUGUUCCUGAAGAUAGCUGAAGGCUUUCAGGAAGUUCAUGUAAUAACAGUCGGUUGGAGUACUCUAUCACUUGUCUGGCUCUUGUUUUAUCUCCUUUUCUUUACUCAACCUGUUGGAAGUAGCAAAAUAAGAAUUACUUGAUCCUGUUUUACCAUAAGUAAUUUUAGGACCUGGUCUGUAUUUGGAUUUUGAUGCUAUGAUGUGUUAUUAUGGUGAUGAGUGCAUCAGUUGAUACGGUUCCA